CGAAAACAAAUUAAAAAACAUCCGGCUGAGCCGCAGUGCCCCUCUCAGCGUAACCGUAGCCAGUCGGUCUCUCUUUGUGCUCCGUUGGCAACGCCUUCUUGUCCGGCGAACGGAUUUCUCUGUCGCUCUUCUUUUUUCUCUUUCUUUCUUUCUGUCUUUUUCCCCGGGUCAUGCUGGCUAAUCAAUGAUCCCCGUGAGACAGCCAUGAGCACUCGGCACUUCUAAUCCAUACGUCCCUCCCUGCUUGACCUUGACCAUGCCGCCUUUUUGGCCCGCCGCAGCCCUAUGGACGGUGCUGGCCAGCCUGACGUCGGCGCAGGACUGGAGAAACCAAGUCAACGUCUCGAUCUGCAACUGGGCCCAACUGCGAGCCAACACGAUCCGUGACAAGGUGUACCUCGACGGAGGAUAUCUAUGGCGCGAGGAAGGAUAUACGUCAGGGGCGCCGCAAUUCACGAGCGAUGACAACCAGGAAGGCAAGCUGUACUACCUCAAUCUUUCCUCGACCUUCGACACUUCCUCCGACAACCUCACCGCGCUGUUCGGGUCUAUCCCCAAGGCUGGCGCGGCCGCCAACAAUCUGGCUCCCAACUAUCGCGACGGGGUGAUGUUUGCCAAUGACGAUCAGCUCUAUCUUUACGGGGGUCUCCUCCGGUCGACGGAAAGUCAAGAUCCUCCGGCAGGCGAUCGAGUGCUGGGAUAUGAGAAAUACCAGUACGGUCCCUAUCGAAGCUCGUGGGAGGCGGGAUUCUACGAAGACCAGCUCGACAACGACGUCACUCGCUAUGUCACGCACGGCGCCGGCGCUUCGGCCCCCAGCGAGAAUCUGGGCUUCUACUUCAGCGGGAUGCACGGCGCAAACUGGGGUUCCAUUGCCGACGAUCAGUCGGCCAACCGAUCGUCCCAGCGCAUGAUCAAGGUCGAUAUGUCGGAGAUGCGUGGCAACGUCUGGUCGAACACCUCUCUGCCGGACUACGUGCCGGCGCGCGCCAACGCAGAGCUGGUCUGGCUGCCAGUGUCGGACUCCGGGGUGCUGGUGGCCAUCGGAGGCGUCCUAAACCCGGAGUCGAUCUAUCGCACCGACGGACUCAGCAACGCCCAGAUGAACGCGAGUCAGCGCGCGAGUCCCGGGUUCAUGGAGACGGUGUCGGUAUAUGACAUCGCAGACGAGAAAUGGUAUGUUCAGAACACCACCGGAGACAUCCCGCCGGCCCUGGCGCAGUUUUGCUCGGUCUACGCGAGUGCAUCCGAUGGUUCGUCCCAUAACAUCUACAUCUACGGGGGCUAUGACGGCCUCGAAACGGACAGCGACCCAUCUGACGACGUGUACGUCCUGUCGCUUCCCUCCUUCGAGUGGAUCAAACUGUUUUCCGGCCAGAAGCAGCAUGGCCGCCACGGCCACAAAUGCGUCAAGCCGUACCCCGAUAAGAUGCUUGUGCUCGGUGGUAAAUACAAGACGGUCACGGACUGUCUUGAUGGCGGCAUCGUGCAAGUAUUCAACCUCAAUACCGGUCGAUUCCAGGACAAGUAUGACCCCCAGGAUUGGGGCGAGUACAAGGUGCCAGACCUGGUGACCGGCCGAAUUGGCGGAGACUCUAAAGGCAGUGCCAAAACGACAUCGCCCAAGUCCUGGACUAAUUCCUCACUCGAGGGUGUCUUCUUGUCCAAGUACACCAAGACCAUCACUUCGUGGUAUCCCUACAACCGCACCGACAACAGCACUCCCCGUCCGACCGUCUCCGUCGUGCCGGACAAGAAGAACGGUUUCCCCGGCUGGGCUGGGGCCAUCAUCGGCGUGGUCCUCGGCCUCUUGCUGAUCGCAGGCGCCAUCGCGUUCUGGUGUUUCCGCCGGCGUCGCCGGGCCAAGGGGUCGCAACAGACGAGCGAGGAGUCGGGCAAGCGAUCGCACAUCAUGCGCUGGAUGUACACGGGCUCGCAGGGGAUGGAGGAAGGAGCCAAAACCAAUGACACGACGACCGCGUCGGUCAGCUACCGCACUUAUCAGGCCAACGACUCGACCGUGGAACAAUCCGUGACGGCGGCGGCGACUUCGCCCCGGACGAUCGAAGCAGGAAGCGAUCCGAUUUUCGAGAUGCACGACAAUAGCACCACGCCUCCUGUGGAGCUACCAACCUCUUAUAACAACAACCCUCUUCCCAGCCCGACUCCCAGCGGCGGCAGCGGUUCGACCGGGUUUGUCUCGCCUCUCUCGCCCCAGACGGCGAGCAGAGACAUCCAGGAGGCGGAUGAUGCGCCGGUGCGACCGGCACAUCAUCGGCAUGUCUCCAGUCUCUCCAGCGUGCGGUCUUUCUCCAUCGCCAACAUGAUUCACGAGGAUGGCGGCACGACGCGCCACGCACACCGACCGAGCCACGUAUCGGACGUCUCGGAGACCAGCGUCAGCUCCGAAGGAACGCGAGUGCGCGAAGGAAGCGGACAAUUCUCGAGCUCCGAGGGCGAUUGGAGGUUGGAGACGACGAGAGAGGUCGACGAGAGAGAUUACUUUAAUAACGGGAGACCCUGAUAUAAAUACGAUGUAUAUACUGCCGGCUUCGAAGCACUUGGGCUGGAUUGAACAUGAUUUACUUUAAUUUAAUAUCCAUGCGCUACGAAUUCAACCAGCGAG